AUGUCGAGUUCAAUCAGUAGCGAUUCUAAUGCGACAACGGGGUCGCCCGUGUCCUCAAAUGGUUCAAGCACUACCCUAGUCAAUGAUAGCUCCUCAGCAAACACAACUAGUAACUCGACACAUGACACAAAAGAUGUGGAUGCUCUUGACUCGUCCAAGAAACCCGAAAGAACUACCAAGGAAAGAGUUGAUUCUGGAAAACCAAAUCAUAAGCCAGAAACUUUAGUUCCAGGUCAGAAUGUUUGGAUUUUCUCUAUGGCUCAAGUCGCCAAAUCCCCUAGCGCUAAAGACGGCAUUCCCACGAAACAUGAGUUUAUUCAGCGUGCCAAAGGCGUUAAUUUCAUAAUUGUGACUGGCACACAGCUGCGACUGCCUCCAAUGACAAUUUACGCAGCAGCUUUGUUUCUUCAUAGAUUCUAUCUUCGACAUUCAUUAAAAAAGUUCCAUAUAUACGAAGUUGGAGCAGCGUGUUUAUUUUUAGCGACCAAGGUCGAGGAGUCUAAUCGUCGUCUGAAAGAUGUGGCCAUCGCAUGUACAAGAGUGGCAUCUAAAGAUAUGAAUAAAGUAGUUGACGAGCAGUCCAAAGACUACUGGAAAUGGCGGGACACGAUUAUUUAUAACGAAGAAUUAGCUCUGGAAGCGUUAUGUUUUGAUUUGACACUAAAAUCUCCUUACGAAAUCUGCACUGAAUUGAUGAUCAAGCAUGAAAUGGAGCUAGUAGAACCUGUACGAAAGGCCGGUCAGCAUUUUAUACACGAUUCGUGUAAAACGGUGCUGGGACUUAUUUACAGUGCCGAAGUUAUCGCUGCCGCUGCAUUCUACUGGGCAGUAAGGUCUACAGGAACCAAGAUUGAUCUAAAGCCAAAGAAUGGCGAAGAGAAUAAACUGCUUGGUGUUAAAAAGCAGCAUGUAUAUGAUGCUGUCAAUAUGAUGGCUGAUUUUUACAGCACAUUACAAGAAACGGUAUUGUCCAGUGAGAGGAAAAACAAGUACACAAGGAUGACCCCCAGUAACAAGCGAAAAGCUUCUGACAGUUCUAGCAGCACCUCGAAAAAGAACAAACCCGACGAGGCUCAGACUGUGCCUGUGUAG